AGCUCUGGGCCCCUUUGCUGAAGUGCUCCUUCUGGGGCUGGGGAAAGGAAGCCUGGGGAAGGGAGCCCUGUGAGCUGUCAGGCUGCAGAAGGACCGAAGCCCUCCUGAUAAGGGAGUUUCUUUAAUUCCUCACAGACUGGGCAGGCAAAUCCCAGAUUAACCUGGCAGGGUGGGAAGAGGAUUAGAAAGGCAGUUCCAGAAUGCAACAGAAGGCACCGAAGGUGUGCCACGGUAGGACACCCCUCUGUCAACCCAAAGCGCAAGGGAAGGGGAGAAGGUUUGCAAGCUCUGCCCCAGCACAGAGGUGGGAAGGCCAGCAGCAGCCCUGGGAGAUGACAUGUGUGUGCACAUAGUCAGGAAAGGGAGAGAGCCUGAGGCAGCCGUGGAGCUCAGGAAGGGCCUGAGCGUGGCCGUGUGCCUGUGACCUGCUCCUGCAGCCAUGGAGGAAACCUACCUGCUGAAUGUGGAAGGGGUCAGGAAGAAGAUUCUGCAUGGAGGCCAAGGGGAGCUGCCCAAGCUGCAGGAUGGGAGCAAGAUCACCUUCCACUUCCAGACACUGAAGGAUGACUUUGAGCGGACAGUCAUCGAUGACAGCCGGGAAGCUGGCAUCCCCAUGGAGAUCAUCGUGGGCAAGAUGUUCAAGCUGGAGAUCUGGGAGACGCUGCUCAGCUCCAUGAGAACUGGGGAAGUGGCUGAGUUCUGGUGCGAUGCCAUUCACACAGGCAUGUAUGCCCUGGUCUCCAGGGGCAUGCGGAGGAUCGCAGAGGGCCGGGACCCCCUGGAAGGGCAGAAGCACCGCUGUGGCAUGGGCAACAUGUUUGACUACCAUAGCACGGGCUACGAUGACCUGGAUGAACUGCAGCGGACGCCGCAGCCCCUCAUCUUCAUCAUGGAGCUGUUCCGGGUAGAGGAGCCCUCGGCGUACAAACGUGACACGUGGGCCAUGAGCAAGGAGGAGAAGCUGGCGGCGGUGCCCGUGCUGCACAGCGAGGGCAACCGCCUCGUGCUCCGCAAGGAGUUCGCGCAGGCAGCAGCCAAGUACCAGGAGGCUGUCAUCUGCCUGAGGAACCUGCAGGCCAAGGAGAAGCCAUGGGAGGAAGGCUGGCUGAAGCUGGAGAGGCUGGUCACACCGCUGGUGCUCAACUACUGCCAGUGCCAGCUGGAGCUGGGCGAGUACUACGAGGUGCUGGAGCACACAACAGAGCUCCUCCAGAAACACAAAGACAACGCCAAGGCCUAUUUCAAGCGGGCGAAGGCUCACGCUGCAGUGUGGAAUGAGCGGGAGGCGCGGGAGGACUUCCUGCGGGUGGCUCACCUCGACCCCUCCAUGGCCGCUGCUGUGAAGAAGGAGCUGAAGCAGCUCGGGGAGAGGAUGAGGAAGAAGCACGUGGAGGAUCGGAAGCGCUACCAAGGGCUCUUCCAGCCACCCCGGGGGCCGCAGGCCGGCGAGGGGCAGGAGAGUGGGGAGGGGGCACCCCAGGGUGAGGUUGGGGUCCCAGAGACCCCUGGGCAGGGGGAGUGGGGCACAGGGAUGGGAGAAGCAGAACAACCAGGGGCUGAGCAAGGGACCCCCAGGGCUGCGGGUGAAGGGGCAGCAGCAGGAGCUGGCACUGCGGGGCAGAGCGAGGGCCAGAGGCAGCAGGGUUCGGGCAGGGGCCGGAGCAGGGAGCUGGCGGGGCAGGGGAUGCUGGCACAGGGGCCAUGGCCAGGGCUGGGCCAGGCAGAGCCCCGGAGCUGGGUGAAGCACUCGGGGAGGUGCCGGCAGAGGGGAGCAGCGGGGAGCAGCCAGCAGGCACUGCCAAGGGGGAAGGUGGCGGCCCCCCGGGGGCAGGGCUCCAGGCUGGGCCCGCAGGGGCAGGGGAUGGGCUGGAUGGAGGCGCAGGGGUACCCCCGUGCCCCACAGCAGCCAGGGAAGGGGGGGAUGCACCCCCAGGGCCCUGCAGCGAGAGCAGAGAGCUCGGGGCCAGCCCGGGGCGAGGGCACAGCACAGGCGGAGGGGCUGCUGUACACUGAGAGGGAAGCCCCAGGGCUGCGGCAGUGA